AUGCAACAAAAUUUAGUCAAAUCUUCAAGUCUUCGUGGUCAAACUUUUUGGGGUAGAGGACCUGAAAAUUGUGGUGACUACAAUUCGAGUCCACAAGAAACUGGUUUCUUUUGUGAACAUGGUGAUUAUGGAAGCCAUUAUGGGAGAUUCUUCGUUCAAUGGUAUUCCCAAUUCUUAAUAGAUCAUGCCAAUACUAUCCUCUCUCUUGCAACCCUAGCAUUUGAAAAAAUACAGAUACUUGUUAAGAUUCCAGCUGUUUAUUGGUGGUAUAGAUCUAAAAGCCAUGCAGCUGAGUUGACAGGAUCGAAUCUUAAUCUUUCUAGUAAAGAAAAUCAUGAUCCAGAAGGGUUGACUUGGCAGGUAUUGAAUUCAACUUGGGAGGAAGGUUUAUGUGUAGCUGGUGAAAAUGUGUUUCCAUGUUUUGAUAAGGAAGUGUUGAUGAUAUUACUUGAGACUGCAAAACCGAGUAAUGAUCCGGAUCAUCAUCAUUUUGUGUUUUUUAAUUAUAAACCACCACUUCCCAUUUUGCCCUUGCUUGAUACAACAUUAUGCUUCUCAGAACUUGACCAGUUCGUUAGAUUCAUGCAUGGUACAUACAUGGGACAAAACUCAUAA